AUGUGGCAAUCACUCUUCAGAAUUCUCAAAACCGACCCCUCCGCCUGCAUCCCCAUCCCCGCCCCCUCCGCCUGCUCUUUCUUCGUUGACGGCUAUCAAGGCCAGAUCCCAACUUUCCAGCUCAACACCCCCUUGCAGGUCGGCGGAGGGGGGGACAUACGGCUGUCGUCCGCAGGGCUGCGGGCGAGUGUGGGCAAGUAUGUGGCGCGCGUGGUGGCGGCUAACAGUGGCCCGGGGGAGGUGGUGUGUCCAGAGGAGAAGAGGCAGGACGUGGGCGGACAGCUCUACUUGACAGGAUCUGACCUGAUGCAGCGCACGUUCCAGUCAGCAGACUCUCUAGCAGCAGUGGGAGGGGCGUACAUGCGAGUGGCGGUGACGACGGCUCAGAUGGACCUGCUGGGGACCACGUUCAACAUGAACCCCGGGGACGGGGACCCUGAGCUCCCGGAAGACGCUCGAUGUGUUGUCUUCAAGCUCGACCUGCCUUCCUGA